UUGGCAAACAUAGUUUCUCUAGAAAGAAACAUGCCUACUAAUGACACAUGUAGAGGGCCUGAUGAAGGAAAUAUCGAUUUUCGGUACUUCAUCUAUGCAGUAACAUACACUAUCAUUCUUGUGCCGGGUCUCAUAGGUAACAUAUUAGCUUUGUGGGUAUUUUAUGGCUAUAUGAAAGAAACCAAAAGGGCUGUGAUAUUCAUGAUAAACUUAGCCAUUGCUGACUUAUUACAAGUUCUCUCCUUGCCACUGAGGAUAUUUUACUACCUUAAUCAUGACUGGCCAUUUGGGUCUGGACUCUGCAUGUUCUGUUUCUACCUGAAGUAUGUCAAUAUGUAUGCAAGCAUCUACUUCUUGGUCUGCAUCAGUGUGCGGAGAUUUUGGUUCCUCAUGUACCCUUUUCGCUUCCAUGACUGCAAACAGAAAUAUGAUCUUUACAUCAGCAUUGCUGGCUGGCUGAUCAUCUGCUUUGCCUGUCUGCUCUUCCCUCUUCUCAGAACCAAUCAUGACACCUCAGGCAACAAAACCAAAUGCUUUGUGGAUCUUCCUACGAGGGAUGUCAAUCUGGUCCAGUCCGUUGCCAUGAUGACUGUUGGAGAGUUGAUUGGGUUUAUUACUCCUCUUCUGAUCAUUCUGUAUUGUACCUGGAAGACAGUUUUAUCACUGCAAAAGAAAUAUCCUGUGGCCCAAGAUCUUGGAGAGAAAAAGAAAGCUCUGAAGAUGAUUCUAACCUGUGCAGGGGUAUUUCUAAUUUGCUUUGCACCUUAUCAUUUCAGUUUUCCUUUAGAUUUCUUAGUCAAGUCCAAUGAAAUUAAGAGCUGCCUAGCUAGAAGAGUGAUUCUGAUAUUUCACUCUGUAGCCCUAUGUCUUGCUAGUCUGAAUUCCUGUCUUGACCCAGUCAUAUACUACUUCACCACUAAUGAGUUCAGAAGAUGGCUUUCAAGACAAGAUUUACAUGAUAACAUCCAACUCCAUGCGAAGUUCUUUGUGAACAACCAUACUACUUCUACCAUGACAACCGAAUUAUGCUAAAUAAAUAAACAGUGUUGCCCAAAGUGCAAGUAUUUCAAAACACAUUUGCAAUAGCCAAACCACAAAGAAGUACUUAGAGAAAUUAUUCAUAGCUUUUCAGUUAUCUUCUCUUAUUUAUAUGGGGAGUUCACUUCUUCAUAAUAGAGUUUGUUUGAAGCAUUUUGUUCCACCAUUAUCAUUUUGACACAUCUGUGUAGAAACUUUGUCA